ACAGCCCAAAAAAUACAAAACGCGAAAAGCCAUAAAGAAAAGUUCCAGAGCCCGUGAACAGUGCAACGGUGCAACAGUAGCAACAGCAGCGGCAGCGGCAGCGGCCCGGCCUCACCAUGCAGCCGCAGCAGUACUGUCUGCGCUGGAAGUACCACCACAGCAACCUGCAGAUGAUGUUCUCGCAGCUGCUGGACCGCGGCUGCUUCUGCGACGUGACCCUGGCCUGCGAGGGCCAAAUGAUACGCGCCCAUCGCGUGGUGCUGUGCGCCUGCAGCACCUUCUUCGACUCGGUGCUCACGAGCUAUGCCAGCGAGCGGGAUCCGAUCAUCAUUAUGAAGGACGUGACCUUUGCGGAGGUCAAGUGCCUCAUCGAGUUCAUGUACAAGGGGGAGAUCAAUGUGGAGCACGCCAGCCUCCCAUCGCUGCUGAGGACUGCCGAUGAACUGAAGAUCAAGGGCCUGGCCGAGGUGAGUUGGCGCGACGAUGAGGAUGGUCCGCCGCCGCCCAUGCCCACGGCCGUGUUCCUCUCGCCGCCGCGCAGCCUGGCCGAGAGCUAUGCCCAGGACAUGUUGCACCACCAGCAGCAGCAGCAGCAGCAGCACCCACCACCGCAGGCACCACUCCAAAUGGGUGCCACCACAGAGAGGGAUCACGAUCGGGAGCCCUCCAUGGAGAGCGUGCUUGGCCGCAUGCCCUCGCAGACACCACAGCCAGGAUCAGGAACAGGAGCCAGUAGCGAGCAUCAAGCGGGAGUUGCGCCCGUGGAACACUUUAUGGGACCGAAGCGCAAACGAGGACGUCCCCCACUAGACGAUGCCUACGAUGUAUUCAAUGUCCGUAAGCUGGCCCACUAUGCUGCCAGCCUGGAGCCCGCCCAGCGAGCGUAUUUGGAGUCGGCCCGUCACUUUGUCGAGGAGCCACCCCAACAGCUUGCUGCACAUUCCAGCUCGCUGGCCUCCCCGCCCGCCUCCGCCUCCAGCCUCAGCCUGCCCAAGCAGCGACAGCGCCAACGCCAUCACCAGCAGCAGCUCCAGGCUGUCGGCUCUGAGCAGGACUCAGAUGCAGCAGAUAGGGGGCCCAAUGGCAUUCAGCGCAGCGCCUCGCCCAAGACCAGCGAUGGCAACGAGGGAGCCAAGCACGUGCUCGAGACCAGAAAUGAGGCGGCGCAGCAGGUGCUAGGCACCGCCACAGUGGGAGCGCCCUCCAAGAAGCUGGAGAAGAUUAGCGAGCGCCGGGAGCGUCACGGCAAGCUGCGCCACGCCCGCCGCCACUACGGGGGAGGCGAGCACGAGAAGUCCUCCGAGAAGCGCCACUCCGAAGAAUCAUCAUCCCAGGGACAGAGUGCCCUGCCGCAGCCCGUCGAAGAGAUCGAGAACGAGCAUCUGGUGGCCAAUCGGGCCGAGUCGCCCGCCGCCCGCUGCCCAUCUGCGCUGGUACCCGCCAGCUUCAGCCGCAAGUACGAAUCGGCUGUUGGGGGGGCAGCCUCCGCAGGCACUGGGGGAGGAUAUUUGAUCAACGAGCAUGGCCUGCUGAUGCCGCACGAGUUUUCACCGACUGUGGCCAGUGCAGCAGCGGCCACCGCUGCCGUGGCCGUGGCAGCAGCUGCUGCGGUGGCCGCCAGUGCCAGUAUCAGUGCCAGUGCCAGUGCCAAUGCCAGUGCCAGUGCCAGUGCCAGUGCCAUCAAUGGGAUCCACAGCCAGGGCCAGGGUGAGCAGGGGGAACUGGAGGACUAUGAUGCGGCCGAGCUGCGUCUGACCAACGAGGAGCUGUCGGAGUGGCAGGACGUGAUCAAGAUGGACGACUACUUGGCCAAGGGGCGUCGUCCACAGUUCUGGGAGGAGCCAUUCACCAAGCGCGUGCUGGAUGCCAUCAAAAACAAAAGACUUGAGAUGAAAAAGGCCGCCCGUAUUUUGGGCGUUUCCUAUGGCACACUGUACGGGCGCUACCGCGAGGUCUAUGGCUGCCUCAAGCAUCCCUACAGCUCUCCGGCUCUCCUCUCCACUCUUCCACACAGCUUCACGAACUAUCGUAACUUUGGGCCAUCGCCUUCAGCCGCGGGCGGCCAGUUGGCCGUUCAGCCUCGUUUCGAUCUGAGCCUCCGCGCUGGGGCCGCACAGCCCUCGCAGUUGGGUGAACUGGGAAAACUGAAGAAGGAUCUGAGCGAGCUCUGGACUCGCCCGCAGAUUUGAGAACCACCAACAGCAGCAGCAUCAGCAGCAGCAGCAAAACCAACGAAGAAAUCUCGAAAUCUCAAGCGCCGCCACAGGCUGAUAUAGGAGAGGCAGGAAGCAGACAAAAGACACAAUGAUAUGAUCCCAAAAAGGGAUCACGAGGCUAGUUAAAGCAGAUAGAAGUAAAGGAGAUCGAUUGCCGGAGAUAUUUGAUCCACAGAAACCUUUCCAAAAUAAGUUUCCACAUUAAUAUAUAUAUUUUUUUUUCUUCGUGUUAAAACACUCACACGUCAGAUUUAAUGUGUCUGCUGGGGGCGAUCUUAAUAUAAUAUAAUAAUUAAAUAUAUAUUAUGAAAAUACGUCUACAAAUAUAUACAUACAUAUAUAAACACACGCACCCAUACAUGCAAACACAUAUGUGUGCAUAUUAGCUAAUGUAAAGUACAGGCAGAGUGGGGUGCGGUACUAGAACGGUAUUAAUCAGCAUUCAAUGUGAAUUAUAUAAGAUGCGAUUAGCAGCGUGUUUCUUUUGGUAGUGAAAUUCUGAUAAUAUAAAAACUAUGAAAUCUA